AUGCUUCGUCGUUCUGUCCAAACCGCCGUUUUGUUUCGUCGUACCAUGGCGUCCGGAAACUUCAGAUUAGAGAGAGAUACUUUUGGAGAACUGAAGGUGCCUUCUGAGAAAUACUAUGGUGCUCAAACUGCUCGGUAUGUUUUUACAUUUUAGUGUAUCUCCUUUUAGUUCUAUGAUGAACUUCAAGAUUGGCGGACCAGAAGAACGAAUGCCAUUGCCUGUUAUCCAUGCUUUUGGGUAUUUGAAGAAAUCUGCUGCUAUUGUUAACAAGGAAUUUGGUCUGGACAACAAGAUCUCAGAGGCUAUUACCCAAGCUGCUGGUUAGUUUUGUAUUUUUGUCAGCUUUUAAUAAAGUUUGGUUUUAAAUUGGCUUUUUGGUAAUUUUAUUGUUUUAGAUGAUGUGAUCUCUGGCAAGUUGGACGAUCAUUUUCCUUUGGUUAUUUGGCAAACCGGAUCAGGUACUCAGUCGAACAUGAACGUAAACGAGGUUAUUUCGAACAGAGCUAUUGAAAUUAUGGGUAUGUUUUAAUGUUUUUACAAAGUUUGAUUUUUUUGUUAUAUAUAAACAAACUUUUUAGUUAUAAAAUUGUUGAUCUUAUGUUAUUUAGGAGGAGAAUUGGGAUCUAAAACUCCUGUUCAUCCAAACGAUCAUGUCAACAAGUCUCAAUCUUCAAAUGACACUUAUCCUACAGCGAUGCAUGUUGCUGUAGCUUUGGAGAUUAACAGGAGAUUGUUUCCUGCUUUAGAGAAGUUACAAAAUGCUUUGGAUGCUAAAGCCAAGGAAUUCGAGUCUAUUAUCAAGAUUGGACGUACUCACACUCAGGAUGCGACACCACUUACUUUGGGUCAAGAAUUCAGUGCAUAUGUACAACAAGUAGGUAUAUAUUGUUGUUUGUAUUACGUAGUUUUAGAUUAAAAACGGAAUUGAAAGAGUCAAGUCUACUCUACCUCGUCUGUACGAGUUGGCUGCUGGAGGUACCGCUGUCGGAACUGGUUUGAACACCAGAAUCGGAUUUGCAGAGAAAGUAGCAUCUACCUUGAAAGACUUGACUGGACUGCCAUUUGUGACCGCUCCAAACAAGUUUGAGGCUUUGGCUGCUCAUGAUUCUCUGGUCGAAGUUCACGGUGCUUUGAACGUUGUUGCUUGUUCUUUGAUGAAGAUUGCAAAUGACAUCAGAUUCUUGGGCUCGGGACCUCGUUGUGGGCUUGGAGAGCUUUCUUUGCCUGAGAACGAACCUGGAAGUUCGAUUAUGCCUGGCAAAGUUAACCCAACUCAAUGUGAAGCUCUUACUAUGAUUGCUGCUCAGGUAUUCGGAAAUCAGGUGAGGUUUGAAUUGUAUUUGUUGUUUUUAAUGUAUUUUUUUAACUCAUUGUUUGAUAUUUCAGGUUGCUGUAACUGUUGGUGGCUCGAACGGCCACUUCGAGCUGAACGUCUUUAAGCCUUUGAUGGUCAAGAACGUUCUACAAUCUAUUAGACUCAUUGCUGAUGGUUCAGUUUCUUUCACCGACAACUGUGUUGUUGGCAUUGAAGCUAACAAGGAACAUAUCCACAAUUUGUUGAACGAGUCUCUUAUGUUGGUCACUGCUUUGAACCCUCACAUUGGAUAUGACAAUGCUGCCAAGAUAGCCAAGACGGCUCACAAGAAUGGAACUACACUUAAGGAAGAAGCUGUGAAGCUAGGCAUUCUUUCACCCGAAGACUUCGACAAAUGGGUGCGGCCAGAAGACAUGUUGGCCCCCAAGUAA